UUUCUCAAAUAUAAUGAUGUGUACCCCCCCUUCCCCCCAGCAGGCGUGUCCCCCUCCCCCACCAGCCUGCAGGACCGCUACAGUUCUCCUCCUGCCGGUUCUGCUCGGCGGCGCCUGUUUGUUGAUCCGGUGGACGGCGAGCCUCGAAUAACCACCGCGACGCCGACCGCCGUCACCAAGACCGGCCUCAUCACCGCCAUCCCUGCUGGGCAGACCGUGGUCACCAUGGCAACCGCCACGGUAACCGCCAACAACGGGCAGACGGUCACCAUCCCGGUGCAAGGGAUAGCCAAUGAGAGCGGAGGCAUCACCUUCAUCCCGGUGCAGGUGAGCGUGAACGGACAGGGCGCCGCCACGCUGCAGCCGCUGUCCGCUCAGACUCUGACCGGCACCCUCACCGUCCAAUCAGCCGUCGCCAAACCAGCUGCCUUCAAACCAGCCGUCAGCCCGCUGAGGAAGGGCUCGCUGUCGCUGUUCUUCAGGAAGGUGUACCACCUGGCCAGUGUGCGUCUCAGAGAUCUUUGUGUGAAGCUGGACAUCUCGUCCGACCUGAGGAGGAAGAUCUGGACCUGCUUCGAGUUUUCUCUGGUUCACUGCACGCAGCUGAUGAUGGACCGACACCUGGACCAGCUGCUCAUGUGCGCUGUGUACGUCAUGGCAAAGGUGACCAAAGAGGACAAAUCCUUCCAGAACAUUAUGAAGUGUUACCGGACGCAGCCGCAGGCCAGCAGCAAUGUGUACAGGAGUGUGUUGAUCUCAGGCCGGAGGAACAAACACACACACUCAGCUGCUGAGACGAGUCCAGACGCAGCAGGAGACCUCAGCCCGCUUCCUGUCCGCUCCAGCAGCACCUUGCCCGCCCCCCAGCCUGGCAGUGCCCCCUCCACCCCCACCAACACCUCCAACAAGACCUCGUCCCCCUCUGUGGCUGAUGGAGAGGAGGAGCGGGGGGAUCUGAUCCACUUCUACAACAACGUUUACAUCAAACAGAUGAGACCCUUCGCUCUGAGAUACUCAGCGAGCUCGCCGUCUGCCGGGUUGGAGACCCCCACUCUGUGUCCGUACCCCACCCUGAGGACCGGCUCCCCCCGUCGGAUGCUUCUCUCCAGCAAACACUCGAUCUACAUCUCCCCCCACAAGACCGGCUCCGCCCCCACCCCCCGAGACAAGAUCUACUACUACAUCUGCAGCAGCCCCCCCAACCGCCUGCAGGAGAUCAACAGUAUGAUCCGCAGCGGAGAGACGGCGAGCAAGAAGCGCUGCGGCGCCGCUCUGGAGGACGAAACAUCAGCAAAGAGAGUCUGUCCUGAUAAUCACUCAGCCCUGCUGCGCCGCCUACAGGACGUGGCCAACGACCGCAGCUCCUCCCACUGA